AGGGUGGUUAGUAUGUUGGGAAAAAUAUCACUGCAAAUUGCGGUUGAAGCUGUGGACUACUAAAGAAUCUUUCUGACUGGUAAAUAUGAUUUAUGAAAGCCUAACUAGUGAAAAUCUGGUGAGCCGAUUUCUCUUCGCGCCAAAAUUUUGAAGUGAGUGACGAUCUAGUUUUUCAGGUGAGAUUAUUCUUGUGCUUGAUUGCGAUUUUUAGAUCAGUAAAUAAGCCUUCAAAAUACAGAUUGCGAACGUUUCUGGAAUGAAGAGAAUAUAUAAUCCAAGUUUUUCUAUUUCGUUUUCGUUGAGUAAGCUGUUUUCUUGGAUCUGGAACGAAAGUCAUUUUCAUGACCGAGAGUGACGUUUUUGGUAUUUACGAGUCAAUGAUCUUGUUUUGCAGUAUCGGCACAAGGAUUAAGCUUAUGGAAGAUCUGAUAAAUAGUCAUUCGCACGUAGGAGGUAAAAAAACGCCUAUAUCUAGCAUCAGAUCAUCGUUAAAUUAGCCACAUUUUCGUUCAUCUAGAAUCAUAGUUUUUCUUAUGUGCAUUCACAUUAAUGGACCGAAGGCGUCGUAAACAUAUUUGUUCGUUUUUAAAAUCGAUUAUUGGUUUCCACGCAGAUCAGCCGAUAUUUUCGUCUCUUAGUCAAAUCAAUUGAUAGCCAUUCCGCUUUAUUUCCUUAGGUAACGGAUUGUCAUCCACUUUUUUUUUGUUCUAGGACAUUAUUAAAUUCUGUUCGAAAGCGAUCGAUUUGUAUAAAUGAUGGUUUCACGAUCUCUAUUAAUACAUAGUUCGCAGGCAAUCUGAAUGGUAAUUUUUUCCAUAUUAUUUAUCUGCCAAAUAAAAAGAUUAUUAUACAAACAUGUUCAGCUGCAUUACAGAUGAAAUCGAGUUUGAAAUUUUUGACACUGAGUGAUUUUGAGUAUGUUGCCAUGACCACUUCAUUACUUCAGAAGUAUUUUGAGUUUGCAUAAAUUUUGUGUUUGCACAUGGAUGAGCAAUUGCAGCAAAAAAUAUCAGAAUUAUAAAGUCACUCAGAGAAUAGGUCAUGCAGAUAAGCCUCAUACAAACUUGUAGACCAAAAAUGAAAUAGAUUAUGAUUUGUCAUUGAUUUAAGUUUAAUUAAUAAUUGUAAUAAGACGGAGUGGAGUCCAGUUCAGUCUGUAAUCACACAAGUGAUUAAUAAAAUUAGACAAACACAAAGCCGGAGUAUGAUUUGUUCAUCAGGAGUAUGAUCACAGACAGAAUUGGACUCUUCUCAGUCCUAUUACCAAUUAAUCAAAACUAUAGUACAGAGAGAGAAACUAGAUGUCACUUACACAUUUUUAUUACAAAAACAACAAUUAACUGAGCAAAAUGCAAGACAACAGGAUGCCUAGAUGUGGAGUACUGUCCACUUACUCAGGCAUCACUUGUCAACUGUGUUAUUACACUGUCCAAUUACAAGUGUGAUGUGUUCACUGUCCUAUCAACACUCAAAUGGGGCUGGUGAUAACCAAUCCCUUGUAAGAAUUUUGUUAUACAAUGUCAUGUAGUUUUGAUUAAUCAAGUAAGUUAAGUGUGAGUUCCAUUUAUAUAAAGGCUGUCAUGGCUACAUAUACUGGAUUACUUGAGGUUGGCCUAUGGUAACAAAAUAAUUGAUGAGGACUGGUGCAAAAUGGGCAUGGGUCCAGUCUAAACAUAUCGUGACUGAUGGAUGAUAUGUCCAAAUGAUGUUGAUGGCACAGAAAAUAAAACACUUAGCUAAACAUUAAAGCAAAGUCAUAGACUUUGAGGUUAGAGCCAUCUUGAUUAUAGUGAUUAUUCUUGUAGGAAAAGGUGAGAGAAAAGAAACUUAAUGCCAACUAAGAUACCAUUUCAAGUGGUUUACAGUUCCAGUGCUGAUGAUAACCAUCGUGAGAAAGAGCUAGAGGUGCAGUAAUAAUUUAACCAACAAGAAUAUAGCAUAACAGUGAAGAACAACUCAUUAAAAAAACCUGUCUGCCAACAGACAGUUGACAGUUGUAAAUCUUUCAGUGAUGGGCAUUCAUCAUUCAAUUGACUGUAAUCAUUAUGUGUAUUCAUUGUUAAAACGGUAAAAACGAAUGAUAAAAUCCGACGUUUUGGAGUAGUCAUGACUCCAUUAUCAAGGUAAAAGUUUAAAACAUGCAAAUAACAGUAUUUAAGCGAUGUGGCGCAAAAAAUUAACAUAAUAGGUGCGAAGAUUAUACAAAUACUUUCGCACUAAAAGAGUCCAAUUCGAGUCUGAUAAUGGAGUCAUGACUACUCCGAAAUGUUGGAUUUUAUCGUUCGUUUUUACCGUUUUAUCUUUUAAGAAAUCUCUUUUGAUACAUAUUCAUUGUUGUUUCUUAUAAAUAAUACAUUAUAGGACAUUAAAUCAUGUUCCUCAGUAUAUAGGUGUGAUGUAUGACCAAGUGCUGGUCAUUCAUUUCUGUUGUUUAUGAGUGAAUGCUAGAUAUGAUAUGUUCAGUAUUUUGGUAUGCAUCCUGAAAUCAUGGUUCAAGCAAAGGGGUAAACUCACUGUUCUUUGCUAAACACGACAUAUUUUUAGUGAUUGUCACUAACCUCAGUCCUUUUCAGGAGUGCCCCUGGCCUUUGCCAUCGAAACUUCUCAAUAAAUAUAAGUCAGUACAUACAGCAUGUACAAACAGUUACGUAUUGUGACCUCUCCCACAAGUUAAGUCAGGUUGUUCCUGAAGUUGUGUGUUUAUUUUAGCUAAACAUGUUAACUCACAGGGCAUUGUUCAAAGUAAUAAACUGGCCUCACCUGAUUUUUAAAAAUUCUUUCUUUAGUUUCAUAGUCCCACAACAAAAGGAUGGCAGUCAUCCAGGUACAAUACUGUAAUAAUUAGAACUGUAUAUACCUAUGAAAUCUGAUCUUUCAGUCAAUUUAAACUGGAUGUUUUUUUUUUUUACUAGAUACAUGUAGAUAAAUAUAUUUUAGGCAAUGAUGAUAGUUUGUUCUGAGGUUAAUCUCAGAACAUCAUAUCAUCCGAAAAAAUAUUGUAUCAUUUCUGUAAUUUUUGUUAUUGUUGAUUUUAGACUCAUCAUCAUUAUCAUUAUCACUAUUGCUAUAAUCAUGCCUUCAGUUGACAUUCUUGUGAUAAGAAUGCCAACUUAAUUCAUUAACUACUCUUAACCCAUGGUGAGAGACUCAAUGACCGAUGAUUAUAGGUCUGGGUUCUAGUCCUAGCUGGGUCAUUGCAUUGGUGCAUUGUUUCCUUCAGCAAAACACUUUCCUCUCAAAGCACCUCUCUCCACCUGAAUUAUCAGAGAAGCCUGAUGAAAUGCUGAGGGAAAUUUUUGCAAUAGACUGGUAUUCCAUGUAGGGGGGAGUAUAUGUGGUAAAACUCCUUGCUGCUUCAUGCUAUGGAAACUUAUGACAACAAGUAACUGUAUUGUCCAUCAGGUUCUGUCUUUAUCCUCAAGAACUGGUGUUGCUGAUGAAAGAGUCAGUGCGCAUAAGGAAACUUCAGAUACUCUCCCAUCAGUUCAUGAUUUGUAAGUUAUGUUUUGUGGUAUAACAUGUUAGUCAUUCAUUUUGUCACAAGAGUAGAAAAAAUAAUCUUAGUCUUGAUGAGGAAUUGAACCCCACACAUAGAGAGCAAGCAGUUUUCAAGAACUUAAAUGCAUGAACCCAAAGCAAAUACAUGUGCCAUGUACAGUGAAAUGCAUGUACCAUGUACCUUUGAAUCAAAGCAAAUUUUGCUGGGUAGUAUAUUUUCUGGUUCUCUUCAUCCAGCUUCUUGGCAAAUGAGAAUAAAAAGUGCUGUCAUGCUGUAGAAAGUCACCUGCAAUUAAUCAGCAGGCAAUAUACUUGUCACUUUGAUAAAAGAAAUGAUAUAUAAAUGAUUGCAGCUAGUAAAGUGGAGGUAUUAAUCAGCAAAGUACCUAGUGGACAGUCCCCAUCAUUACUGACAUCCAAGUUUCAACGGCUUGGGUGAGUUAGUAAAUCUUGUAUCUGAAAAUAUGUUGUCAAAUUGUUUAAAUGAUUGAUAAUAAAUUAUGAUAUUAUCUAGAACAAAGCUUUAUUAAAGGAUCUUAUUGAGGAAAAGGAAAUCUCUGUGAAAAGGUUCAGUUGCAGUGUUUGCUUAGAUUUAAAACUUCACAUACCUUCCAAUUUUUUGCUUUUCUUUCACCAUAUUUCCUUACAGUUUUGACACUUGAUCAAUCCUUUGAUAAUGGAGAUUUUCUUGUAUUUGAUAGUGUUUUGUACACAUAGUCUUCCUGUACAAUAGUACAGCUGUAUGUAAGAUUCAAUUUUGGUGUUAUAUUCCUUGCAUCUUAAAGAUACUGUAGAGAUAGAUUGAAGAUAUAAUGAUAAAUACAUUUAUGUGUUCAGUUACCAGAAAAGGAUUCUAUCAUAAAAUAUGCCAAGAAACAGAAACAAUCAUAGAUUGAUUGGUUGUUGGACUACUGUUUCUUAGAAGUUACUUUGAAAAAGAGUAACUCUUAAGAGUAUUUUGAAGUCUGUUAAUAUGACCAUUCUCUUAAAGGUAUGUUGGACUCUCAAACAAUGAAAAUACUGACUUUAAGGUAAAAUAAUUUCCAAUUUGUUUGUUUGUUUUUCUGUUGUUUUAAGUUGUCUUAUGCUGUGGUCAAUUGGCAAAAUGUGUAAACAUGGCUAUUUAUUUUUAGAAGAACUGUAACAUUUUAUUUGAUUUUCCAGGCCAGAGAACUGAAAUCCAUUCACCUGGAUGCAGAGGGUCAUUUUGUGAAACUAGUCUUACACAAGAAUCAUGUAAACAAGUACAACAUUUUCAAUCAGGUAUGUUACAUGUGGGAGACUUACUGGCCUGAUGUUAAGUGUAAUAGACUCUGGGAUGUGAGUCCUUGUUUGAGAGCUGGCUUGAUUGAUGUGUUGUGUUCUUGGGCAAAACACUUUACUCUCACAAUGCCAUUCUCUACUCAGGAGUAGAAAUGAGUACCACUAGUCGCUACUAGUAGAUAUUUUGUAUGGAUAUGCAGAAUGCACAACAUCUCUCCAGAAAUAAAAAACUUCCCCCUCUUCUUCUCACAUUAUAAUGCAUAACUCAUUAUUAUAAAGAAAAAACAUGCUUAAAACAAGCACAACAUGCAUUUACUUAGUGUUUUCUUUAAUUCUGUUUACAUAUAAUUUGAUGUUUGUAUCCUUUUUUCCUGCACUCUUUUGUUUUCUUUUAAACUACCUUUUUUCCAUAAAUUGUAAGUAGUGCACUCUAUACACUGUAAAUGUUUUUUUUUUUUUUCUUUUCUUUUCUUUUAAAAUAUAUAUUUAUCUGUUUAGUCACUCUUCAACCAGUAUUGUUUUAAUUAUUGUAUUGCACUGUAACGUACGUAUUUGUAAAAAACAGAAAAUGUAGGUAAUGUAGCUAUAGAUGUAACUGUACUGUAAGUUAUUUUCUGUAGCCGUGAUGUAAGUAAUAUAGCUGUAAUUAAAGUAAAAAAAAAAAAAAAAAGGAAAUGAGUACCAGCAAAUUGCUAGGAAAGGCUGAUGAAAUGCUGGGGAGUAACCUUAGUGAUGGACUGUAAUCCCAUCCAGGGGGGGGUAAUGAAAAGUCGCUUUAUACUAGGGAAACAGAGAUAAGCUCUGGUUUGGUGGACCACUUAAGUCAUGUACAGACAUUGCCUUACCUUUAUAUUACAUGUGUAUUGUCUUUUUUGGAUGUCAUUUCAAAGUUGAUAGUGUUUUAUUUCAUUAUAAAUGUUUUGUAGGUUGGAUUGGUUGCUGUGAAUGUGAUUGGUGAUAGGUUGGACACACCCUUUGACCCAGUGGACUCUGAUUCAGUAAAUAAAGACAACAUUGAUAAAUUUAAAUAUAUUCUGUAAUACCAUUUUGAGACAAAAAAAGAUCUGAGUUCUUUGUGAUGAACUAGAUGCUGAUCUGAAUUGACUGUAGGAUGCUAUACAUACAUGUAUAAACCUAAAAUACUAUAAAUGAAGUCCCAGCAAAUUUCACAUUUUUCUGAAUGAAUUCAGCCACCUGCCCAGUUCAGGUCAUCCACCUAUUACAUGUACAUUUUCUGAUGACAGCUCUGCUUACCCACAGUUUAUAACUGUGAGAAAUAUCCUGCAAUCUGAAGUCGCUAUUUAGUUUUUUUAGCCUAUAGGCUGUGCUUACCAAGAGCUAAAGGAGAUAUUGUACUUCAGUGUUCAAUGAAUUUCUGCAGUUGUUGAAUUUUUAUGAAUGUAUUUUUGAUGCAAAAUUUUCAAGGAAUUUGGAGUUUUGAUUUGGUUUUUCUCAACUGGUUAAAAAUGGUAAUUGAUAUUUGGCAAUGAGUGGGAAACCAUUAAAACAGAGAGAAUGAAAGUAAAGUGGUUAACAUGCAUGAUUUUUUGUUUGCUUUCCUAGUUGAAACAUGUUGACAGCGUUGUGCAGGGAUACAUGAGCCCUAAUGCAGUCAUUGGUCCUGUCUGGGGAAGAAUUAACAAGUAUGAAUCAAAAAAUAGAUUAAACAAUUAAAAUUCAAAUAAUGUUGUAGUAAUUGACAUUGACAACUUCCAAGGCAGUGUAAGACAUUGAAGACUUUGGGUUGAGAGGGAUGGGUUCAAGGCCUGGCCAGGUUUUUUUGUUGUGUUCUUUGGUAAAACACUUUACUCUCACAGUGCCUGACUUUCCACCCAGGAGUAGAAAUGGUUACAGGUGAACUUUCAGGGAAGCCUGAUGAAAUGCUUGGAGGUACAAUGUAACCUUGCCAUGCACUGAUAUCCCAUCCAGGGGGGAGUAGUAGUUACUUCAUAAUGUGGAAACCAGGACAAGCUCCAACCCCAAUGAGCCACUUGCCUUGAAGUUCAGACUGCCUUCACCUUUACUUGACAGUAUUUUUUACAUUUGACUUUUUUUUUACCUUAGGCCUGAUUACAUCUCGCGCAUGGAUGAUUUGGCCUUUGACAUGUAUCAGGUGUGAUACAAAUUAUUUUUGGUAAAGUAGAAUACAUCAAUACUUGACUGUCUUACUCACAAGAUUUGAUUGUUAUUUCUCCUCUUUAGCUACCAGCCAUUUCUUUGCAAAUAGUUAGGAGAAUUUGGUGUUGGAUAACAACUAAUAAUUGAUAAGUUUGACUAUUCUCAUCACCUCUUUGGUAGAUAAUGUUGGGAUAUUGUUGGGAGAAGUUAUAUGUUAAUCACGUCUGGGAUUUGUUAACUUCAAUGCCAAACCUUAUUUCCAUGCAGGAAAAUUUUUUCCAUCCCUGCAUUUUCCCACAGUUGUCCUUUUUUCCUUCUCCCCUUUCACCCUUUUGCUUUAUCCUUCAUUUUGCAAGCUUCUCUCUGUCUUACCUUUCCUUCCAUUAAAAUGUAACUGCCUAAUUUCUUUGUGUUGAUAACACUUUGAACAGGAUGCGGAAACUGCAGCUCUUAUCAGGAAACUGGAUGAAAGGAAGCAAGGAGCUGUAAAGGGUAUGUAAUAGUGAUUCAAAAUGGCUAAUGAUCAUUUAAUAUAAUACAUGUUUGGUGUAUUUCUUCAUUCCUUAGUGAUUUUUGUUCAGCAACUUCUUGUUCCUCUUGAUCAUUUAUUAAAUUCAUUUACAAGUCUAGAAUUCUAGUGACCUCCAUUCAUUUUUAAUGUCUAAGUGUCUUUGAGAUCUCCUUGCUACUACAUCUUCACAUCUAAAUUAUAUUUUAAAAGUGAAACACGUACCUCAUCAUUGUAUUGUGGUUUUUGUUUAUUUUAUCAUAAAAUAUGUACUUAUUCUUGUAUGAUCUUGUAGUAAUAUUUAUACUUCUUGUAAGUUUUUCAUUCCUGGAUAAUGAACUUUAAGUCAUUAAUGAAUCCUUUUUUGAUUUGUAUUUGUUACUAUCCAGGUGACUGUAUGUGGCAAAAUAGUAGUGAGAAUUUUUUUUUCCUUUUACUCUCUUUAAAACAGAGGAAAGAUAUGACUAUGCUAAGAAGCUGACAGCUGUCAUCUCAGACUUAUAUAAGGUCAGAAUGACUCUCAAAGGUUAAUUUUUUAAAUGCUUAUCUUUCUGUGCAGUGCUAUGAGAAAUUUAUGGCGAUUUCGUAGUGACCAGAAAUAAUGCAAAAAUGGUGUUUUGAAAAAGAAAAUCAUUUUAGAAUUUUUCUGACCUUUUUUCUGUUUAAUUGACUUAGUUAUUAAUUGAAUUAUUUUUCAUCCUUUACACCAUAACAUCAAAUGAAUAUAAAUUUCCUCCAUAUUUAUGCAAUCCUUUUGGUAUGCACAAGAAGAAAUUGUCCAACAAUCUAGAGCUUCUUGAGUUUGCAAUCAUUCCCUUUUUUUUCUUACAACCUUCAUGUUCAAGUUAGGGGUAAUACUUUUAGGAGAAAUUAGAUGUUGAUGUCUUAGAAAUAAAAUGGUUAAGGAAAAUUGUGAGUCAUCUAAAUUGCUGCACUAAGGUUUGGGGCUUCAUUCAUGUCUGGAUACAAACAGGAUGGAAAGCACGAUAAUUUUUUUUCUUCCUUAAAUCAGUAAUUGGAGAGUGCCAUAUGUCUGUUGACUAAAUAAGCCAUAGAAGGAUUAGAUAAAACAUUUGUUAUUUUUUGACAGGUUGGUGAGAAGCUGGGAAAGUAUGAAGCAGAAAAGAAAAAAGCUGUUGAGUUAGAAGAUUUUGAUCUUGCAAUGGAGAAGAAAGUAUGUAUAACUAUUUUUUUUAGAUGCAUUUUAUUGUUUUUAUCAUAUCUUGUAGCUCACUAAAUUUUUUUGCAUUAUGUCUUAUUUCCUUAGAGACAGAGUGAUGAAUUUCGUUUGUAUGUUUACAAACAGCUGGACAUUCAGGAGCUUUUGGAAUUGGAUGGGGUGAGCCAAGUCUAAUUAAAUAUCUUCAAACAUUUUUGAGGAAUUUGGAUAAAAUUUAUAUUCAUUUAAUGUGGCUGAUAAUUUUUUAUUACAUAUCUUGUUUUAGAGAAAAAUACAUGAACAUAGGUCAAUCAAUAUAAGUAAGUAUAUUUUGAUUCAGUUAUAAGGUAACAUUUAUUUGAUCAAAACCCUUUACACCCAAACAUCAGUAUGCAUAUUCUCCAUAUUUGUCUCUAGUAAGGUACUGAUAAAGAGAAUUUGUUUAACAAUCAAGAGCUUCAAUUGUUGGUGGUUUCAUUCAGGGGUGAUAUUUUAAGGAAAGAUUAGAUGUCAGCUACAUGUAUGCCGUUGACAAAUGAAGCACUUUGAUGUUUACAGAGCACUUGAGAAACUAGAGUUACUUCUGGUCCCACUUUGAGUAACCUUUUUGCAUCUCUCCAAACUUCCCAUGUGUUCUAUAUCAAUGAAUUCACUGCUGAUGCAUGGAUUAAUUGAUAGUCAUUGUUACCACUGAACAGCUUUCAAGGCUAGGAUGAUUCUGUAACAUUCACUGCCUUACAAUUGUCGUUAUGCUCGUUUAACCACCAGCUCCACCACCACUGCCUCCAAUAGCAACAGAUCAGAAUAGACACCCUCCCCUUCAUCACCAUGAGGAAGAGAGGAACAGCCCACCACUGCUGGCACCAAUAAAACGACAACCUUCUCCAAGAGAAGACACACCACCUUUGAUCAGCCCGAGGAAGGUAAAGGAACAUAACAGUAUUUUACGGUUAAAGGUUAAAGCUGCCGCGGAGACACUCCUUAGCUUUUUCUAUAUUUCCCUGAAAGUUUGACAGUAGUCAGGUCAGGUCAGAAGCAGGUCAGAGAAAAUAGGCGAAUUAAAGCUCAUUAUAUUCUGGAAGAAUAAAGGCUCUGUGAAAUUUAUGAAAUAUCUUUCUUUGGAACACAAGACCAAAAAUCUAAAGGCCGUUUACAGGGUAAAAACAAUCGUGUACAGUCCCGCCAAGAAAGGAGUAUGAACCCCUAGUUUUGUUUGGGAGGCUACAGACCCUUGUUUUGUAAGGCUUUGAUGCCAAAGACGCGUAGUGCUUCAAAACUUGAAAAAACUUGGGGCACAUACAACUUUCGUCAUUUUGACGGGAUUGUGCUCGAUCAAUCACUUCAAACCAUUUUGCCCAAGAUAAAGUAAGUUGCUUCUUCCCUUGGGUAGAAUUCUUGUGAGAAGAGGCCUACUGUCUGGAAUUGUUACCAAAAGUUCUUGAAAUGAAGCCCUGAAGCCAUUAAGUCCCCAUUCUGUGGAAACAAUUAGAAGAGUGUACACGCCUUCCCCUCCUCCCCUCUCCCCCCCCCCCCACCCCUUAAAAAAGGGGAAAAACUUAACUUCAGUAAAUGAAAAAACUUUUAUUUUUUUCAUUGUUAAGGAUGACGAUGCUGAUGAUCGACCUCUUCCUGCUUUAAACAAAAGGUAAAUCCUGUGAUUUUUAUGGGAAUGUUUUGUGUUAAUGCUCACAGUUAGUACGUAUGGGUAAUGCCUAGAAUGAGAGAGCUACCGCAACUCAUUCUCCACGUCGAAAAAAGCAGUUACUUUUAUUCUGCUGUUAUAUGCAAGACAUUUCCUUCAAACACUACUUGAAGUUGGUGUCGUUUUUUUUCUUUCUUGAAUUUAGACCCCUUGAGGCUGACCAAGAAGUAGAAGGUGUCAAGGAGCCUCCUGAAAACACUGGUAAUUAGCCUCGUUCUUAUGCAGAUGACAGACGUAUAGAUGACGUCAUCAUUAAAUCUUUUUUUAAUUUUUUAUUAUAUGAAACAAAUAGAUUCCAAGUUGCCGUGCGUCUGUUCAGUAACAGGUCACAGAGGACGUCAAAAUGUGCAACUUGGAAUCUAUUUGUUGAAUAUAUCUCAUGAUGAGCCCUAGAAGUUGAUAAGUCUUUCUCAUAGCUCUCAAAGAAUUUACACGUUGUCAUUCGCUGAUUCGAUCUUGUUCGAUCUUGUCAACAUGGCCUACCUAACAGAUUUGAUGUACCUUUUUUUUUCUUCACUAAUAACUGGUGACACCAAAGAUCGUAUCUACUGGAAAAUGAUUAUUUAAGAUUAAAUCUGUGUUUUUGAUGCGUGUUUCUCCCACAGAUGGACCAGAACCUCUGAAGGAGAAUGAUCUCAGAGCUGCAGGGUUUGUCAUUGAAAUUUUUGGUGAGGACUUGGUAAGUGCCUGAUGAAUAAUCACUUUGUUUCGCGUGUAUUAAAGUAAGAGAAAUUGGCUAAACUGCAGAAUACCCGGCCACUUUGGUCCGCCUCACUUACAUGUGUCGGGAGGCUUUGAAGAUCGAGGCAUAACACAAUAGACGCUAUUCUUAUCAAUGACAUGUAAAUGAGUGGUCGGGUAUUCUGCAGUUGCUCCGAGAAAUUUUCCAUUGAGUGUCGAAAGUAAACCAAGAUUGCGUUAGUUUUACUCUACUUUGCUCUGUGAUUGGUCCAGAAAACUUACGCCACUCUUAAGUUAAAACCAAUCACGUCUUGGUCGCCCGCGUUUUCCCGCGCUUUAUUCAGUUUGUUUGUUUUUACUUUGAGUUCUCAUUGGCUCUUAAUAGUAUUUUCCUUUCUUUUGAUUGGCCGUUGUGAUUAGUUUGGAUUUGGUUUUGCGACACUCAAUUAACGCGCUAAAAGUCAUUCAAAGAAAAACGUCCAAAACCCUAAGAGGUACAGUUAUUCAUGGAGCGUUUUUCGCUGUUUUCGAUUUAGGUUCAACAUGCUUAUUCAAAACAAUGGAAAUAUCGUCAGGAAGCAAUGGAGAACGUCGAAAAGGAAAUGUCCUCUGACACACCUCAGCUCAUAUCAGACAAAGAUCCCAAAGCAGUUGUCAAGGCAACAGUGUUCCUGGUACAAAAAGGAAUCAAGGAUCAAGUGUUUUCCGUAAGACCGUGAAGUUUUAACUUUUUUUUCUCAAGAAUGGUACAAAAAUCUUGCGAAAACAAUUACAUUUCAUGUUUUUCCAGGUCUUCAGUGUCUCCCUAGAGGUGUUGCGCUCUUUGGUAAAGACUUACAUUCCUCAACACAAGUAAGAAUUUUACUUGAUUGUCCUUUGAGUAAUUUUCAAUUGAGUUUGGAAAGUAUAUUGGGAUUGCUUUGGUUUUGCUUAAAUUCUCUGUCUGAUCGGUUUAAAAAACUCAUUCCAUGUUCUUAACCAAUAAGACGCCAAACGAAAACCAAUCUAGACUUGGUCGCCCGCGUUUUCCCGCGGUUUUGGAAGAUAGUCUGUUUUUACUUUGAGUCUUUAUCGUCUAAUGAUUACACAGAACUUUCUUAUGAUUGACUGUUUGGAUUUACAUUGUUUUUCUUUUUUUUUAUUUACAAAAGCCAAUUGAAAACUGCUCUAAUUUACUUUACCAAUUCGUCCUUUUUUUCAAUACGUGUUGGAUCUCCUCAAGAUUUGAAAAUUUGAAGCACACCUUUAACUAAUAUAAAAUAAAUCACUGAGUUUUUCCUUAUUACCCCAGGCUGGCAAAGUCAGAAAUAUCGCAUGUUGCAGAAAAGGUGCGUGAAAUAUAGAGACAUUUUCUGAUGACCACCUGUUUUCCGUGAAGUUUGAGCGUAAUUCCUUCAUCUCAGCAAAUUGGAAAAAUGUGUUUCAGAUAUGCGGAGCCUGAUAAAUAUUACGGAGCCUCACUUAUGCUUUGCAGAAAAAACCUCCUUGGCUGAUGAAUGUUUGCAUGAAUGCAUGGAAAACUAAUUUUGGUUUGAACAUAGUUCGCGCUGAUCUUGGAACUAUAAACUUUUUUUGUAUUCCUUUUACAGACAACUCCUCCACUGCUGACAAAAUCUGGUGAAAUGGUUAGUUGCACGUCACAUAUGUUUUAUAUAUGAAAUAAUAUCUAUUUGUGAAUUAACCGAAACAACUUUACCUGACAACCCUCCCUCCACCUCGAGACAAUUGUACGAAGCGUUUAUAUGGAGUUGUGAUUUGUAACAGCUGUCUCCUCACCAGUCUCUCUAGUGACAGCUAGGCAGGUUACAUAUUGGACAAAAUUUGAGCCGUCUCGUCUCGGGCAGAGAGGGGGGGGGGGGCUCUCGGGUCGCCAAGAUUGCCCCACAAGUGAUGUACAGGUCUUCUUCAUUUCGAAGAUUCAGGGCGAAUUACGAAAUAAUUAGUGUCGCGGAUUUCGCCCACACUCCAUUUUAUGGUUUCUUGAAUGUAGUUUAAAAGUGAUUCUAUUUGCACUGUCACAUCCUUCCAAUGUACUUCUGGUUUUUUCUUAUCUGCUCUUUUUUUGGCCUGAAUAAAAAUUCCUGUUUUUAGUAUUGAUUUUUUUCUCUAGGCUGCGAGAAGUCGCGAUGUUGCCACUGCUAUGAUAAUGGAGUUAGCUGUACACAAAGAUAUUAAGGUUUAAGAUCUGCUCUUUACGUAUAACAUGCCCGAGUAUGUUUGAUGAGAAAUAGUUGUGCAAUAGUUAGCACUUUCUUUGGGUCUAGGCGUGGUGUUAAACUACGUAGGAUGAUGGCAGACACGAGAAAAGUUAUAUAUAUAUAUAUAUAUAUAUAUAUAUAUAUAGAUAGAUAGAUAGAUAGAUAGAUAGAUAGAUAGAUAGAUAUAGAUAGAUAUAGAUAGAUAUAGAUAGAUAUAGAUAGAUAUAGAUAGAUAUAUAGAUAGAUAGAUAUAGAUAGAUAGAUAGAUAGAUAGAUAGAUAGAUAGAUAGAUAGAUAGAUAGAUAGAUAGAUAGAUAGAUAGAUAGAUAUAUAUAGAUAGAUAGAUAAAUACGAGCCGGAGGCGAAUUAUUUACAAACCUUUCGAGGGUAAACUGAUAGAAACAGGGUCUAUCGCUCCUUAGAUUACUCUUGGAUUUUCUAUGAUGCAAUAAACGAUAGGCUUUUGACCAAUCAGGGCGCCAGCAGUAUCUCGCUUAUUAUAAAUACUGUUUAGUGCUUGAAAUUGUCGUUUCAUCUCCUUUAGUGAUAAUUGCUUUAUAGAAAAUGAAAUCUUGGAUGCAAUAGUGCAUUUUUACAGAAAUCUUUCUCUUUUCUGAAAAAUCAGAAAAUUUGCUCAAGUAGAAACACUCGGUUACAAAAUUUUACCUUUUUUUUUUUCUAGCUUCUGGGUGUUAUACCGGACCAUGCAACACGGCCAUUUAAAGCCAAACAGCAAGUUUCAGUAAGUGAAGUUUACACUUUUAUAAGUGAACUAAGCAAACUAUGCAGGCUUUUAAGUAACAUGUUGAUUUUAGUUCUGUUAUGUUUUGUUUUUAUUUCUAUUUGUUUGUUAUUUUGUUUUGUUUUUUGAUUGUUGUUGGUUUGCUGGUCCGUUGGUUUUUUGGGACCACAUUAUGUGCUGUUAGUUGAGGAAAACACGUUUAUCUCAAGGUGGUUAGGGUGCAAUAAGGAUCCCAGCUACAGAAUUACUGUACAACUGCUUUCAUAGAAGAAUAGAUAAAUUCAUCUAUUUGCCUAUUCUUACACAAAUUUUUUGCCGCAUUUAACAAACUUUCCUAAAACGAAAUGAAAGAAUGCCAUCACACUGAUGGAAAACUAAUAAAUAAAAAUAAACUCACACUUGCAAAGAUGACGUUUGAAUUCUAACUUUUGUCGGAAAGUUUGAUAUUUUUCUGUAAAUCGUUCCAUUCUAGCCCAGGAUGUACAAAAGCAGGAUUGAGAUUAUCGAAAAGCUUCUUGGAGUACUGGAAUUAGACUCUGAUAAACCUGGGUAAGUUUUGGAUUGCUACCAACUGUCAUCCUUGAGUUAGUUUCAAUUCAGUUUAUCCAAGAAAUCUUCCUCCUAACAUUUUUCUUUCUGAAACAUGACACGCACAGUUUCAAAAGGACCCUCUAUGCUACAUGAACAAUUACUUCCCUAGAAACUCGUAUAUUCCAUAAUUGAGCCGAAUUUCGAAUUCUCUGUGAGCUAAGCUUUUCAGGAAACAUUUACACUAUGAUUAAGGAGGAGACUUGUUGAAACCAUAUUCCACUGAACUGCAAGACAAGAAUUCCUGCAAACUGUUCCUUCAGUCAAUUAAUUCUGAGAAAUUUGUUUCUGUUCCCUCUAGGAGCCUUUCCACCGGAAAUAUAAUGAGGGUAAGAUCUAACUUUAAAUGAUAAGCUGGUUGGUUCUCACUAAUUGAACCUAUGGCAGGACAGGCGCAUAUUUAACGUCACCAUUAACUAUUUUUGCUUCUUUGUUGUAAAAACUAGAUAUUAUGAUUAACAUGUAGAUUGAAAAGUAAAUGUCUGUUUUUUAGUGAGGAUAAUUUACUGAUUUAUCACCAGGUUGUGUUACCGGCACUAGAACAUACCAGUGGUGACGUAAGAGAUCCAGCCUCACGCUUGGUCCUAGAACUGUACAAGAAGGUAUAGGAAUUUCACCUUUCUUGUUCCUGGUUGUUUGGAAACGUUAACGGUGGACAUAAAGGGAAUUGCUUUAGGAACAGUCCUAAUUAUGGCCCAUUCUUUAGGAACCUGACCACGCAGGCUGCAGUUUUCUGAUAGGGUCGAUUAUUUAUAGUGCAAUGGUAGAAUGUAGAAAACAUGUAAUAAGAACUAAACUUUAGUUAAACAAGCUCAGUAAUCGUACAGUUAUAGAAGAGACUUGCAGUUCGGUGUGAUGUCAGUUUUCAUACCAAAACUUUUGUUGUUUAUAUUAAGGGCAAUUACCUGCAUAGAUUUUUAUUAUUGGUAUUUGUGCAUAAUGGCCCAUCCUUUCAUUGAUUUUCACGUUUAUUUGUUUUAUUUUUUUAAAGGUGAAAGACGCUGUUCGAGAUUAUCUACCACCUGAUGAACCGGCCACCAGGAAAAACCCGCUCUACAGAAACCUGUUUGACGGGUUUGAUAGGAUCGAUGGAAAGCCAACAGAAGCUGAGAGAAAGGUAUGGAUAUUUGUGGAAGAGUUGUGAAUGCUUUGUUAUAGUGUCACUAAUCAAAAUAUUUUUGCAGUUGCAAUUUUUUAUGUUUCUGAGGGAUGGAAGGUUAUGGCGAGGGUUGGCCUCGUGCUCGAGCCAUACUUGCUUCUGCUCGCAUCAGAAACGCACUAAAGGAAAAAUAUUUAUGCCAGUUUGAAAUCAUUUCACCUUUUCAUUUCUUCAUAGGCAAAAGCAAAGACAGCGGCUGCAAACUCGGAAAAAGCCAAGCAGGCCGAGGUACAGAAAGUGGCCUACGAAAUGAUUAAAUUCUACCUUGUAGUUCAGUCUCAUCUCUCGCUGAUGUUUGUGUUUCACAAAUGCGUUCUUAAUCUUUAACGAAAAAAAAAACCUUAGGUAAUUUGUCGCACGAUGUAACUGUUUGAGAACAGCUCAAAGAGGUAGACCUCUAAAGAAAAAGAAAUGCUACUUGCUUAGCACACUUGUUUAGCAAAGCACAAGAAAGACUCUACUGGUUUUAAGUGGAUAAUCUCAGGAAGCAGAAACUGACUCUCCGCAACUGGAGCUUCAUGUCUCCUUUUACAAAUAAAUGUAAAUACAGUUUGAAAAGGAAUUCAUGAAAAAAUAAUUAUUAAAUCAGGGGGGUAGUGAAUUGCACUUUCUUGCUUUAAGAGCAUCUGUUAAGAGAAAUGUUUUUCUCCCUCCUCAGAUUGCGGCAUUACAGGCUCAACUUCAAGCGCUUAGAGAUAUGGCUGGGGUUCGUAUAUAACCUGUACUUACAACUACUAAAUGACGGUAUCUAGAUGUUGUCCUCAUCCUCCAUACUGUUCCCCACAUAUUAUUUAUGGUGCUGACAAGGAGAAUUUGUUUAACAAUCAAGAGCUUCUUUUUUUGGUGAUCGUUUUUAUUCUCGUGACUUUAAUGUUUGAAACAGAGAGACGCUUGUGGUCCAAAAUUUAAAUAUUUUACUUUAAACACCGUUCUUUGACGUUUAAAUAGAAUCUGAAAAUUAUUAUUGGCAGAAAAUGUAGUUCUUCCUAAGUAGUGUAGAACUUCAGAGACGAAAUAUGAAGGUGUCUGAUAAAUAAAAUCUUGUGUUUAGGAGUCGAACAAAGCUGGGAAUUCUAAGCCAGCAAAAGGUUAGUACGUGCAGUGCGGUGAUUUGUUUACUAUAGAAAAGUGUACCAUUACUAAUAGACAGGCAUUUUAUUCUAUUGAUAUGCCUGAUUCUUAAGCUGUAGUCUUUUGUCAUAUUGAACUGUUAUUUUUGUCACAAAUUGAUAAGAACAAAGAGAUUGAUUCACUGACUUACCGGCUCUGACUGAGUGGCUUGUUGGCGGGUUUGAAGACUGACUGACUGACUGGCCUGUUGGUUGGUUAGCUGACAGACUGACACAUUAACUGGCUAGAUGGCAGACUGACUGACCAGCUUGUUUGGGGGUUGGCUGACUGAUUAACUGGCUGGCUGACUGACUGACCAACUGGCUUCUUGGCUAGCCAGCUGACUUGCCAACAGACGAGCUGAUUGGUUCACCGGCUGGUUGAAUGACUGACUGACAGACUGAUUUGCUGGCUGCCCGGCUCGCCAGCUGACUGACAAACGGACCUACUGACUGACUUGCUUUUUACUGACAGACUGACUGACUGAAUGACAAACGCGAUUAUUUUAUCACAGCAUGCCACAAAAAUCUGGUCAUCCAGAUUCCACCUCUUGAAACGACUUAUUAGUGCUUCUGUGUCCAAGGGGGUCAUGUGACAUGCUAAAGAAAUCCCAUAAAGCAUCUUGGGCCUACAGUCUUACAGUGGAGACUGUAUGGUAGUGUGCCUUUAUACAAACUGUUAAUACUUUGAACAGGAUAACCUCGUUGCUCUCUGCUUGAUGAGGAAUUGUCAGGUUUACCAGUACCAAUAAUUUCGAUAUUUUGUUUUGUUGUUUGCAGAAGAACAGAUUGACGUAGACAGGUAUUAUGCUUGCUGAGUAUUACAUUUAGUACUUAAAUUAAGUGAUAUACCUCUGGUAACCACAGUUAUGCGGCUGUGAUAAGUCGAUUGUUUUAUCAUGUCUUGUUAUGAUACAUGUUUUCUCCGUGAAUGUCAUCGUAUGAUUUUAAAGACUUUAUUUUAUUCGUUGGCGAAUAUGAAAACCAUCACCAAAACCUUUAGAGUGCAGUUUCCUUGUGUUAAAUCAUGGGUGUUAAAUGCUAGCAAUUCCUGCUUGCCGUUUACCCGCCCUGAAGGUUUUUUGUAUCGCAAGAAGUUCUUUAAAAUGAAUUUUUCACAUAUCGCCCUUGAUUUUCUAAAACGCCAAUCAGAUCUGUCCCCUUGUUAAGCUCAGGUUGUAGGGCGCCGGACUGCUGUGUGGAAGGUCGAGGACUCAAGCCCCAGACUUGACCAACACUCAGUGUCUUAAAAUAACUGAGGAGAAUGUGCUGCCUUUGCUAUCACAUCUGCAAGUGCUUAGACAAUCUAGUCUUCUCGGAUUAGGAUGGAUAAGGAUGAAGUCCCCCGCAAAGUCUUGCAAAGCGCCAUGGAUAUGGUGCUAUAGAAAUAUUUCAUUGUUAUCAUUAUCAUUAUUUUUAGUUAUUACUAUUAUUAUUAUUAUUAUUAUUAUUAUUAUUAUUAUUAUUAUUAUUAUUGUUAUUGUUAUUAUUAUUAUUGUUGUUAUAAUUUUGUAGGCUGCAGAAUACCCGUUGUCCAAAACUGCGGCCGAAACAAAUCCUUGAAAGUAAAUAGUUGGUGAUCUCUGGACAAGGAGAACCACUCGAUAAAAUCAAUUGAUUUUAGAUCAAGACAUCACUCAUUGCUUAUUUCUCUCUGUCUAUUCUGGAUACCAUACAGAAUGUGUAUCUUCUGCGGUGAGAAGAACGAAUCUUUCACAGAAGAGAUGUUGGAUAUGCAUUACUGGAAGAGCUGUCCCAUGUUAAAAAGAUGUGACCAUUGUGCUCAGGUAACUUACCCUCCCCUCUCUGACUUGUCAACGCAAAUGUUGUCCUAUAAGUAAAAUAACUGUUGCUCACCAUCUUCUCUCCCUUGCCUUCCCCUCCCGUCAGGUGAUUGAAAUCUCUGGUGUGAGUGAACAUCUUCUGACUGAGUGUGAGUCCAGUGCCAAAUUUGUUCAGUGUCCUCGAUGUAAGGACGCCGUUCUUAAAGUGGAUCUUGAAGAGCACUUUGCCAAAAAAAAAUGCAGCCGUAAGUUCUUUGUUUGUUGCUCUGCAACGAAAUGAGCUCCUUACAAGCUAAAGUGCAUCAUAGUCGUCGUUUUAACGUUGUUUUUGUAACAAAGAAUUUAACCAGAAAGUGUUCUUCACUCCUUAGCGUUUACUCUCUAACCCUCUAGACCCUAAUAUCAGCGUUUAUAUUGUCCAUACUGAUUUUUAUACAUUUGUGUGGCACUGACAGGGAUAAUGUAGUCAAAAAUCAAAGAGAUUUUCAAGUAUCAUUUCUGGAACUCACAUGAGCGUAAUGUUUCAUUCAGCAGUGAUACUUUAGUGAGAUAUUAGCUGCUAGUCACCCUCAGGGGUUAAGGGGUAAUAGGAUACAACGUUUUGGAACAUUUUUUAAACUUUGCUUGGAAUCCUUACCAAAAAUGUCUUCGACAAAAAUAUUUAAAGGGCGAAAUCUUCCUCUUCAACCAGGCACACCGUUGGCUGACACUUGAGGUUCUCCAACGCGUCACACCUUCUUCAUUCAAAUGUCAUUUUUAAUAGGUUUUCUUUUAUCUGUACGAAUUUUUACGUUUGUUUUCAUUGCACCUUCAAGAAAUAUUCCUUUCGUUUCUUACCGUUUCUGCUGCUCAUGGCUGACGUGAUCACAUUCUUUUUCUAAUAACACAAAUGGUUUCUUUAGCAUCCCAAGGUCCCCGCUGUGUUCUGUGUAACAAAACUCUCGGCAAAGGAGACGAGGUGAGGUCCAUCGAAACAGUCUCUAUCUCGUUUAUUUGCCGUUCAACGGUGAUGUUAUGAGUGUUUGCCAAUGAAAGUAACUUUUGCCUUUUUCUUACUUGUUUUUUAGGCCUGGAGCAAACAUUUGAAAGAAGAAUGUGCUCCAAACAAAGCGAGACUACAGCAGCAAUCAGGUAAACUUACAGGCGAACAAGAAACAGAGCUAUAGUGUAAGACUGGGUGUUCAGAUCCAGUCGUGAAUGAAUUAACUUUAUCGACCCACGGUAUCCACCAUCAAUAAAAGGUGCUCUUCCAAGGAGCUGUACACUACGAUUCAUUGUGACUAGAUUGCCAUGUUUUUGAAAUGUUAUUUUUUCAUCAUUUAUUUUGCACUCUAACAAAAUUCUUGCAGUUUGCUUUAUUGCUUACAUCUCAUAGUUCAGUCGAUGCUACUUAAGUUAUUCAACUCUACUGGAAUUUUUCUUAUUAUGAAACCAGUCUUUAAAAGGUGUGGCUUUUUAAGGUUACGCUCAAGUUUCCAUAUUUUGCUUGAUAAAACUCACGUUUUCCUGUAUUAUCGUAUUCAGUCAGCAAAGCUCCAAGCCAAGCAAGUUUGAGGAGUACCCGAGGUAGAGGAGGGAAGACCACACCCCUUGGAAGAGGCGUAGGAAAGGGGAGAGGUAAAGGAGGUGUCGUCAAGCUCAGAUAAUACACGGCUGGCAGUGGAAGUCAUCGUUAGGAAAUAAGUAAACCAUAAUAAUCUUGAAUUUUGGCGCCUUAUUUUACCAUGUGAACCUUCUCUCUGAAAUAUUGGAAGUAACAUCACGUCUCACUUUUAAAUCCAUAGUGAUUCUCUUCUAGGCAUGUUAAUAUUCGCGCCAUAUUUUAAUGUAUAAAACUGUCCGAUCUUCGAAUGUUGUGAAGUCCUGCUAUCGCGAUGUUUUCGUCUUCCGAAGUCGAGCGAGGACAUCUGUAGGUAUAUCACUGUAAUUUUGCCAAAGGGCAUCUUCAGGGAUACUCCGCUACCCUUCCCUGCUUAGCAUUUCAAAGCCUUUUUGACUGACUCCAGGGGUGUAAGAUCUAGAGUCAGGACUA